AGCGGGGGCGCGGCCGCGGGGGGCUGCGCCGUCCCGGUGCCGCUGUGAGAAGUUGCGUGCCCUGCCCCGCGCCGGAGCGGCGCUGAGCCCCGGCGAGCCCCCCGCCGCCGCCGCCGCGAUGGUGCAGCAGACCAACACGGCGGAGAACACGGAGGCGCUGCUGGCCGCCGAGACCUCCGACUCUGGGGCCGGCAUCGAGCUGGGCAUCGCCUCCUCUCCGACGCCGGGUUCCACCGCCUCCACGGGGGGUAAGGCGGAUGACCCGAGCUGGUGCAAGACACCCAGCGGGCACAUAAAGCGGCCCAUGAAUGCCUUCAUGGUAUGGUCACAGAUCGAGCGGCGAAAGAUCAUGGAGCAGUCCCCCGACAUGCACAACGCCGAGAUCUCCAAGCGCCUGGGCAAGCGCUGGAAGCUGCUCAAGGACAGCGACAAGAUCCCCUUCAUCCGGGAGGCGGAGCGGCUGCGCCUCAAGCACAUGGCGGACUACCCUGACUACAAGUACCGGCCCAGGAAGAAGGUGAAGUCGGGCAACAGCUCCGCCAAGCCCGGCGACAAGGCGGACAAGGGCGGCGGGGGCGGCGCCGGCGGGGGCAGCGCGGGCGGCGGCUCCGGCGGCCCUGCGGCCUCCGCCAAGCCCGCCCCGAAGAAGGGCGGCGGCGGCGGCUCCAAGCCCUCCCCCGCGGGCGGCGGCGCGGCCGCGGGCGGCAAGCCCCACGGCAAAGCGGCGGGGGGCAAGGCCGCCCCGUUCCCCGGGGAGCCGUCGGCCGCGCUGCUGCCGCCCGAGCACCAGGCGCUCUACAAGCCCCGGGGGGCGGCGAGCGCGCCCUCGGGACCCGGCAAGCCGCUCGCCGAGAAGAAGCUGAAGCGGGUCUAUAUCUUCGGGAGCGGGCAGGCGGCGGCUGCCUCCGCCUCCCCCGGCGGCGCCGUGCCCGGCAGCCCCACGCUGAGCAGCUCGGCGGAGGCCGGCGACCCCUUGAGCCUCUACGAGGAGGGGGGCGGCAGCGCGGGCCGGCCCGACGGGGACUGCGGCGGCGUCGCCUGCCCGUCGCCCUCCGGCUCCGGCUCGCCCUCGGAUCACCGCAGCUACACCAGCUUGCGCUCCUCCUCCCCGGCCCCCUCGACGGCGCAUUCCUCCUCCGCGUCCUCCCACUCCUCCUCCUCUUCCUCCUCCGGCUCCUCUUCGUCGGACGACGAGUUUGAGGACGACCUCUUGGACCUGAACCCCAGCCCCGGCUUUGAAAGCAUGUCCCUGGGCAGCUUCAGCUCCUCGGUGCUCGACCGGGACCUGGAUUUUAACUUCGAGCCCGGCUCGGGCUCGCACUUUGAGUUCCCGGACUAUUGCACGCCGGAGGUAAGUGAGAUGAUCUCGGGGGACUGGCUGGAGUCCAGCAUUUCCAACCUGGUCUUCACUUACUGAGGCGAGAUUCGGCCCCUGCAGGAGGAGGCACCGCCGCGCGUGGCUGUCGGCAGGACUCGCCCACCCCGCCGGGCGCUUUUGUGUCUUUCUCUGUUUUGUUUGGUGUUUGUGUUUUAGGGUUUUUUUUGGUGGGGGGAGGAAGUGUUUUGCUUGUUUCUGAGAAGGGACUGUUGAAAGACUGCUUCUUGAGCUUGGGAAAGGAGCGGGAUCGCCCUCUCCUUGCGGAAAAGCCAGCAGUCCCCUUCCUCCGGCUGCAGACGGACCCGCACACACCCCCUUCGGGAGAGGAGCCUGACGGUGCUUUUUGAGAGACUGGCCCGAGGGAGACGCUGUCCUUUUCCCUUUUUUAUUUCCUGAAAAGAGAGACAGAGAAAGGGGGAGGAAGGGGAAACCACACACACCUCUGGGUUCUUUGUUAUUGCCCAUUUUAUACGAAUAAAGAGGGGGGACGAUGCGUUGUGCUGAGCCGCACACUGGGCGUCUUGAGCACUCGCCCUUUCCAAUGAAUUGAAAGAGCGAUCAGAACUGCUUGGGGAAAAAAAAAAAAAAAAAAGAACAGAAAAUCCACUCAAAUCCUUUGCAAGGUUUACAUUUGCGAGGGGAAAUCCUGUCCCGGUUUCUUCUGCGGUGAGAAGAGGCAACAAUGCUGGGAGGAGGAGGAGGUGGAUGGAGCUGGACUGAGAUCCUAGUUAAGCGGAGAAGAGCCAGACUUACACUUGAGAGCUGUCUUGGAAGUACGGUGGGGGUAAAUAAUAAUAAACCGAAAUGGAUUUGCACGUACAGAUAAGGUGGCAUCAGCGGUUUCCUCAGUCACCUCAUGUAAUAUGUAGAGAGAGAGAGAAAUAAGGCUGAAACUUCAAGAACACUGAAAACUUCUUUUGAAACAGAGACCGAAUGGAAACAGUUUCUGUCAUGACGUGGUACAGGGGAAACUGAGGGCGAUGGCUUUUGCAAAAAAAAAAAAGAAAAAAAAAACAAACCCGAAAAUACAAAAAAAAAAGUAGUUUUUUUCUUCUUACUCAGAAUCGUGAUGGUGUUGGAUUAUUUCACUGGUGGGGUUUAAUAUAGCAUGUUAUACUGUCUAUCUUUUUCAAGAUUCCUGUAAGACUGUUGAACAGUUUAAAAAAAACAAAACUAGUGUUAGGAUAAUAUAAAAGCAGAUAGAUGGCGCUAUGUUUGAUUCCUACAAAAAUAUCACCAGCUUUUUUUCAUUCUUAACUCUUUAAAGGAUUCAAACGCAACUCAAAUCUGUGCUGGACUUUAAAAAAAAAAUGAAAAUUCAGGACCAAAUUUUUUCUCAGAGUAUGUAUGUGUUUGUUCCUUAUAGCUGUAAAUGAAAAGACUGUUUUUUCUCACCGAUGCUUCAUCCUCGUAUUGUUUUUUUUUUUUCCUUGUAAAUGUAAUCGGAUGCCAUUUUAUAAGUGGACGUAUUUAUACUGGCCAAACAUUUUUGACUUUGUAUUUCUUUGUCCUUUUUUGGUAGUUCUCGUUGUUACCCGCACCAUUUUUAUGUCUCCUUCACUGAAGGGCUAGAGUUUUAACUUUUAAUUUUUUAUAUUUAAAUGUAGACUUUUGACACUUUUAAAAACAAAAAGAGAAGAGAGAUGAAAACGUUUGAUUAUUUUCUCAGUGUAUUUUUGUAAAAAAUAUAUAAAGGGGGUGUAAAUCGGUGUAAAUCGCUGUUUGGAUUUCCUGAUUUUAACAACAGGGCCGCUGGUUAGUAUCUCACACGCGUGUGCGCGCUCACUCACACUCUCACACACCCACGAAUCAGCCCCUAUUUUGUCCAUGUUUACACUCCAAUCUGCAGGCAUCUUAAAGUGACAGCAUCCCUCACCGCCCCCUCGCUGCCCGCUCCGCAGCCCCCGCCUCUCUGCGGAGGGGCGGAUGGGGGCCCGGGGGAAGGGAUUUACACUGUAUGCUACCGUUUUGGGGAGCCACCUGCCCCCGGAUGAAGUGAAGCAACUGGUGCAUUUACACAGAAGGGAUCCUGUACCUUUAAUUUGUAAACCACAUCUUUUGCACUUUUUUUCUAAGCAAAAACGUGCCGUUUAAACCACUGGAUCUAUCGAAAUGCCGGUUUGAGUUCGCGACACUAUGUACUGCGUUUUUCAUUCUUGUAUUUGACUAUUUAAUCCUUUCUAUUUGUCGCUAAAUAUAAUUGUUUUAGUCUCUUAUGGCAUGAUGAUAGCAUAUGUAUUCAGGUUUAUAGCUGUUGUGUUUAAGAUGAAGAAAGUGAAAACAUCUUUGUACAUUUAAGUCUGUAUUAUAAUAAGCAAAAAAGAA